AUGAAUGCUGAUCAGGUAAUUCGAUCGAAAGUCAUCGAGACAGGUAUAAAAGAAAUAUGCGCAAUUAAAUCAAAGGAUGAAGUACUCCGGAUCGAAAAGCGACGUAUGGAGGUGCUGAACUGGUUUGGUCCAGGAAUGGUGCGGGGGGAAUCCGCGAAAUCGGCUCCUUUGGGCCUACGGUAUUCACGAAUUCGAUUUGGUUAG